CGUACGGUGUGUCUGGUGUUGCGGUACCGCGGUAAGGUCCCGGGCUUUGGAGAAUCAGCAAAGGACUUAGAACGCUGUGUCUGGUGCGGUACUGCGGUAAGGUCCCCACGGCCUUGGAUAAUCCGCGGAGAGAGCGAUGCCGGAGAGCUGAGAGCCGUGCUGCUGCGCGAGUCUGUUAGAAACUCUGAGAGACUCUGGGAGAAAAUGAUAAAGUUGGAGCAAAGAAUGAGAGGAGGAGGAGGAGGAGGAGGCGGAGGGUCUGACGUGCAAUAAAACCGCCCGCAUAGUUUUCCUCCUUUGGUAAAGAAGGUAGUCCAAUAAAAGCGCUUGGCGGUUUUAUUGAACGUGUAUGUGUUUUUUUCCUCACGCAAGAGUGUGUAUUACAUCAGCGUAGGCCAAGUGUAUGGGGCCGCACUUUUGUACACCCCCGCUAGGUGAUCCGCGUGGCCCACACAUCAAGUUGGGUACGUUGGCUCCCAGUAAAAUUCCGCCUUUCAUGUAUGACCGUUAUCUGCACAAGUACAUAUAUGGGUUAAAAGAGAAACGAGGCGCCGAUCAUAAAAACCAUCCGCAGAUUUUUUUUAAUUAUUAGGUCCAGCUGGGGGUUUUCCUCUUUUGGUAAAGAAGGUAUCAUCAUCAUCAACCCCUAGAGCCGCAAGUUUCAUAAUUGUCUUACCCUAUGUGCAACGCUUGCAUAGUUUUCCUCUUUUGGUAAAAGAAGCUAGUCCAAGAAAACCGCCAAGCGGUUUUAUCACCAUCGAGCCCUAGAGGCGCAAGUUUCAUCAAUACCUUACCCUACGUGCCAGCCAAAGAGGCACAAGUUUCAUCGAGGCCUUACCCGAGAGACUGCGCUGACCGAAAAUCUACAAGAGACCUGAAUCAGCAGGUAUGGACGGGGCAACAGCACCACCGGCUAUACCUGAAGCCUUAUUAAAUGAAAUAGACAUUAUCAACAACGCUAAUAAUAAUGAAAACGAUGCGGAUUACUCUGCUCAAGACGACUCGCCACCCGCGGCGUCUGAUGAAACAGUGGUCCAAGAGCCCUGUUUUCUCCCAUCCCUAGAGACAUUGAGAAGCAUGUUAAAUGAAAGGGGCUCUGAAGCAGAAGGGGGGCUCCCCCCCAGCGACGAGGUCGCAUGGUCCCCCGCGGAUUCUGAAUUGUGGGAGGCCUUGUCAGACGUGGAAUUUCUUCUCGAUGCUGAGGAGAUUGAAAAUGAAUUGGGGUUGGGACAAUUUGAAAAUGUUGAACAGGAAGGUGGCGGUGGUAUCGGUGACGUGGACCCCCAGCCUGACGGGGUCGUUCAUCGGCGCAGAUUCAAUAACGUACAGAUUAGACGGAUUCUAAAUAUCCCACGACCUAGAAACGAAGGCAAUUUCCGCGAGUACUACGAAAAUGUAAUCGAGGGGUUUCAAAAUAUUGUGAAUGAGGCGAUACCUUACGCCGCAUGGGGAGCUUAUAUACAGGUCACCCUGCGCGCUGACUUUUUAAACGACGAGCUGUCGCAAAUUGUACGGUAUGGGGUGGGGGAGCUGACAGACUUACAGCAACUGCUGGAUCGCCUGGUACAGUCUAAUCAAGAGAUUUUAAACGAUUCCAACCUAGAAGUAAUCGUAGACGUAAUAAAUAUCCCACGCGGCGGUGGGAACAAACGUAAACUACAGACCAUGUUAGCUUCAGAAAUAAUUUCUAAAAAAGCCAAACACAUGUUUAUCAUUAAUAACGACACUAACGCGUGUUUCGCCAUAAACUUGGCACAUCUGCUGCACGAAAACUUGGCUGACGCCGAGGCUGAAAAGCUCGGCCUGGAGUUACAGGAGAAAGCGGGAUUCAACCCCGACCACACAGUCGCUUUGAAUGACAUUAUCAAUUUCGAGAAAAUCAUUGAUUGUAAAGCAGUGGUGUAUUAUCAACAACCUUAUUCAAACAAUCUCCAAAUUUACCAGACACCCACACCUACCGACGGUAGACGACUGGUGUAUUUCUUUUUACACAAUCAGCAUUUUUACGGCAUUAAAACCGUAAAGGGGUUCUUAGGGGUGGGCUACGUUUGCACGAGCUGUUUCAAAGGGUUCGACUCGCCUCACAGUCAUCGCUGUGAAAAGUUCUGUAGCGUCUAUCAGAACGAGACAAUGACCGCCGAGGGGCCCGACUGCACGCUACAGUUUCUCAGACAUUUCAGGGUGCCCUUCUAUAGAGGCGUCUGUUUCAUUAGUCACUACGGAAAGGCAUUCGAUAAUUACAUCAUACUGAACGCGAUGGUGAAGGAAGGCGUGGAACCACGUGUGGUACAGCGUUUCCUGUCAGACUUUGAGCCCCCGGAGCCCCUAAGGCCGCGAGAAGCGCUGUUUGGGGGUCGGACGUCGGCGAUUCGCCUGCGUUACGACGUCACGGGGCAAGAGCGCGUCCGCUACGUGGAUUUCACGUCGCUGUACCCGACGUGCGCGAUCGAGAACAGACAGGAGGGGUCGUGCGGGCAUUCCAACGCCGAGCGGGAGCUAACAGGCGUCUGGAUCUCCGCGGAGCUCAAUCUGGCUUUAGACAGGGGCUAUUCGGUCGUGAAGGUGCACGAACAGCAGGCUUCGGGCUACCCCGACGACGCGACCGAUGACGAGGGUCGCAGGGAGUAUAUAAACAACUAUCUCGAGCGUGAGGGGAUCGAAUUGGAGCCUGAUAAGAUAGUGUCUAACGAGGGGAAGAGGCAGGUCUUCCUACAAAGUGCCGCCGGGAAAGACUAA